AUGCAUGAGGUGCUUGGCCACCGCAACGACAACGACGUGCAGCAGUACUGCAAGCUGAUGGGCAUCGACGAUCGCAACGCCAUCAGCAGCAAGCAGUGCGCAACGUGUGCAGUCACCAAGAGCACUCGUCACAGCGUCAGCAAGCACGCGGAGCGCACACAGGUGCCCGGCAAGCGCAUCCACGCCGACAUCGUCGACUGGACCGCGGACUCGCCCACGGGCAAGCGCUACAGCCUCGUCAUCGUCGAUGAGGGCAGCAAGCUCCUGCAUGCAGUCCAUCUCAACGCCAAGAAGGACGCAGUUGCCGCGUUCCAGUCUUUCCUGCGCGAGACCAAGCUCCCCAUCUCGCCCACAACAACAGCACUCCAGACUGAUUCCGAUGCCAUCUUCCUCGGAGCUGACUUCCAGGCCAUCGUCAAGAAGCACCUGAAGCAGCACCAGCAGUCCCCGCCGUACACCCAGGCGCAGAACGGCAUCGUCGAGCGACAGGUGCGCACCCUCUCCGACAUGGUGCGAGCCAUGAUCACGGGUGCAGGCCUUGACGCAUCGUGCUGGAGCCUCGCCUGCAACCACGCCCUGCACAUCCUCAACAACAUGCCUCGCCCUUCCCUCCACGGCAAGACACCGCUGCAGAUUGUCACGGGCUCGCUGCCCAAGCACGUGCCGCAGCUGCGCGUCUUCGGGCAGCCGGCCGUCGUCCACAUCAGCACACAGCGUGGACGCCUGCAGCCCAAGGGUCGUCGAGGCAUCUACGUCGGCCACAACAGCAGCAGCAACAGCCACCUCGUCUACUUUGAAGACACAAACACCGUUGUGUCCUCCAUCCACGUCCGCUUCCUUCCCUUCUCCAAGGCCGAUGAUGUCGUGGAUGAGGGGGAGGAGCAAGUGCAGACAUCCACGACAUCGUCCAUGCUCCAGCUUCCCAGUGCACGUGACAGCAGCAACAGCACCACUGACGGUGAGCCACCAACGGUUCACAUCGACGAGGAGCAGGACGAGGAUGUCGAGACAGACUUCCUGCUCACGGACUUUGACGCCGACAGCGGCGACACCAACGACGCCAACUACGAUCCAGACACAACAGAUGCAAGUGACACCGAGGCAGGCGCGUUCACAGCAAGCAGCACAGACGUCAACGCCGGCCAAGGAUGGGCCCGGCUCAAGGACCACUACGCUUCGCAGGACCGCCUCCGCAUCGCAGAGCUCAAGGAGGCGCAGCUUCACGUCCCCUGCGGCAACCUCGCCCGCUUCUUCGAGCGACACAUGGAGCUGCAGCAGCAGUUGCAGGACGCAGGCGUGCGCCAGGACAACGAGGACCUCUUCACCAUCGUCUGGAAGCAGCUGCCACGCUGGACAGCCCCGCUCACGCUUCCCUACUUUGCCAGUGGCCGCUUUCCCUCCCUCCUCGAGCUCAGCAUCAGGCUGCAGCAGUUGGAGCAGCAGAUGCGUGGUUCACGCACACAGCCGCAGGCAGGCGGCUUCAUGGCAAGUGCACCGCCACGCAGAGGUGGAAGACGCGGCUUCUCCAACAACAGCAACAACCACGGACGCCAGGGACGCAACAACGGCGGCGGUAACGGCAACAGCAACAGCAAGGGGCGCCGCUUCCGUGGCAACUGUCACUACUGUGGCAAGUAUGGACACCGUGCAGCAGAGUGUCGCAAGAAGCAACGCGACAACGGAGCAACAGGCUUCACUGCACAGGCACAGCAUCAACAUGGUCAAGACGCAGCAACCUUCGUCGCUGCCACAGCUACUACACCCACGCAGCUGCAUGACCCACUCACGUGGCUUGCAGACACGGGUGCUUCACACCACCUCACCUUCGUCAAGGACGCCUUCGUGGAGCUGACACCGCACCUGCAACAGCACCAUCCACGCCACAUCACUGCGUUUGGCGGCACACGUGUGCCCGUGCGCGGUGUUGGCUCUGUGCUGUUGCAUGCACGCACGACGAGCGGAGCUGCGAUGCAGAUUGUGCUACAGGAGUGCCUCUACGUGCCCGAGGGCCAGGCCCAACCUCAUCGCCCUCGGUCGUCUGACCAGGGACAGCAGCGGCAGGCCAACGGGCCACUCGCAGCGCCCGCUGGGUCGCCCAAGGGCUUCAGCCAGCGACCGGGCAUCGACUUCGACCAGACCUACGCCCCAACACCAGCAGCCAAGACCAUCCUCACUGUGCUCGCCGUCUCCCUGCAACGACAGCACCAGCUGCACCAGCUCGACUUCAAGUCGGCUUACCUGCAGGCUGAUCUCAAGGAGGAGCUGUACAUGAAGCUGCCGCCGCACUUCACCGACAUCGGCGACGGCGCUCAACGCUACGCGGGCAAGGUGUGCCGGCUGCUCAAGCCGCUCUACGGCCUCAAGCAAGCUGGCCGUGCAUGGGCCAAGAAGCUGCACACCUUCCUCAAGACCAACGGAUGGGCGCAAAGCAACGUCGACGCUUGCCUCUUCACCAAGCUCCACGACGACGGACAGCGCACAUGGAUCAUCACGUACGUCGACGACCUCAUCAUCAGCGGCAGCAGCGAGCGCCACAUCCACGUCAGCUUCGCAUGCGGGCUGCUCUGCCGUUACAUGGACCGUUACACGACGGUCCACUGGCAGGCAGCCAAGCACGUCGUGCGGUACCUGAAGGCGACGAGCGAGCACGGCCUCCUCUUCAAGCGACGCAGCGGCACGCGCAAGGACCAGCCGCUGGACCUUGUGUGCUACAGCGAUGCCAGCUUCGGCACAGACCAGCUGACGGGCCGCUCCACGACGGGCUUCACCUGCUACAUCAACGGCUGUCUUGUGUCUUGGAGCAGUCGGCUGCAACCCACGGUUGCGCUGAGCACCGCCGAGGCCGAGUACAUGGCCAUCUCCGCUGCAGCGCAGGACGUCGUCUUUCUGCGGCAGCUGCUCAUGGACCUCGACGAGCCCGAGGCUGGAGCCACCAAGAUGCUGACAGAUAACCAGGCGGCCAUCGCCAUCGGCAACGACCACGUCACCAAGCCGCGCACGAAGCACAUCCGGGUACGCCACCACUUCGUGCGGGAGCUCAUCGCCGACGGAACCAUUGUGCUGCAGCACUGUCCCGGCACGCGGAUGGUUGCCGACGCGCUGACCAAGGCACUGGACAAGCAGACCUUCGAGCAGCACCUGCCACGAUUGGUGGGAACAUCGACGGCUGAGACGGAGCAGAGGAAGGCAGUUGAGGGGGAGUGUUGA